GCUACUCCCUGUCGCUUCGUUGUGGACCCAGCGGUGGUCGGGAGCGUGUCGACGCCAGUGUCGGCCGCGUGGGUCAUGACCAACAACUACGCCGGCAACUCUACUCUCCUGGAAAUCCCUACGCCUUACUUGAAUUGGGAGGAAGCGACCCAGAAGUGCCAGAGCCUCAACAUGAAACUCGUCUCGUACCCGCUGACCAACAGGGACCGUGCCAUUUUGGCGAUCAGGAAACUCCCAUGGUUCUACGUGGACCUGAAACGCCAGGCUGACGGCACCUACGCUUCAAGCAACCAAGCCAUGGUCCUGCCCAGCGACUAUGGAUUCCCGUGGCUGGGUCCCCUCUACCAAGGCCGAGGGCCGUGCUUGGUAGUGGGAGGCACUCCAUUG